UCCUCCCUCCCUCCCCACCCCUCCCCUUACCUGGUGGCCGUCGAGAUGGCGAAGAACGUUUUUUCCGUCCCUAUUUUCUUCAUCGUUUUCCGUGAAACAUUGGAGGCGGCUAUCAUCGUUUCAGUUCUUCUAGGUCUCGCUGAGCAGAUAGUUCAGGAUGACCCAGGGCGUAUUGGUGUAGCGACUACGCCGAAGGAUGAAAACGACUCUAAUGGUAGUCCUCGUCUCGACGGCGCCGAUGCACUGCCCCAUUUGUCGGGCGAGGAUGAUGUGGUCCACCGUCGCCGCCUCAUCCGCAAGCUGAGAAUUCAGAUUUUCCUUGGCGCAGGACUAGGUCUAUUUAUUGCCCUCGCUAUUGGUGCUGCCUUUAUUGCCGUCUGGUUUACUCAAGCAUCAAAUUUAUGGUCCAAAUCUGAAGAACUAUGGGAGGGUAUAUUCGAACUUAUUGCCUGUCUCAUGAUUUUUGUUAUGGGAGUUACCAUGCUCAAGAUGGAUCGGGCAAAGGCAAAAUGGCGCAUCAAGCUUGAGCGCGCUUUCGAAGGAAAGCGAUCCGAUGGAAAAACUGCCGCAGGAAAAUGGGUUCUCUUCAUCCUUCCUCUUAUCACUGUCCUCCGUGAAGGUAUGGAAGCGGUGAUAUUCGUCGGCGGCGUCUCUCUUGGACAGCCCGCCACAUCCAUCCCGCUCGCCGCAAUUGUCGGUUUGGUAUGCGGCCUAAUCUGUGGCUUCUUAAUCUACUUUUUCGCCAGUCGUACCACUCUCACGGUUUUCCUCAUAGCUAUGACCAACCUCCUUCUCCUCAUUGGCGCAGGUCUCUUCUCUCGCGGUGUCGGGGCUUUCGAAACCAACGCUUUUAACAAUCUUCUUGGCGCAGAUGUUGAUGAUGCAGGUGGAAGUGGCCCGGGCUCUUAUAGAGUUCAAGGAAACGUAUGGCACUUGGAUUGCUGCAAUCCUGAAGACAACUUGAACAACAACGGCUGGUCGGUAUUCAACGCCUUGUUUGGAUGGACCAACAACGCGACUCAGGGAACCGUGUUGUCUUACGUGUUCUAUUGGUUGGCCGUUAUUGUUACGCUUGUGUUCCUUAAAGUCAAAGAGGGUCGCAGCAAAUUCUUUGGAUAUGAGUCCGCCACAGGUAUUCGUCGCCGAAUUAGGCGAGAACAGAAACAGGCUGCGGGAGCAACCCCCGACACAGACAAAUCUGAAAGCAAGGAAGAAGUUAAAGACGAGAAUGACAACCAGGUUCUUCCCAAGUAAAUUGGUUCUUCCGCGAAGUAGUCUAUGCGAAUUUUUUCUUAGCUCAAGGAAGGUUUGUUUAUUGAAGUAAUGAAAAUGUGAUGUAAUGACCCCAGUUUGCGUAAAACCAUC